GCCAAAAACGCCAUCACGGCAAGUGUCAGUCGGUCGAGUCGCGUCUCGCGCUGGAUGUGGCGCUGAUUUUCUGCAAAUUUCCCUCGGUUGCACCGCCGCCAGCCAGCCAGGAUGAAGUUCGCCGAGCACCUGGCGGCCCACAUCACGCCGGAAUGGCGGAAGCAGUACAUCAUGUACGAGGAGAUGAAGGCUCAGCUGUACGCAGCCGUCGAGCAGUCACCGUCGGCCGAGCUGGUCGACCCGGAAGUGCUGACGCGCUAUUUUGCCAAAUUUGAUGAGCAGUUUUUCCACUACUGCGACAGUGAACUUGCCAAAAUCAACACUUUUUACUCAGAAAAACUUGCCGAAGCAACCCGUAAAUUUGCCAACCUCCGAACGGAACUGAGCGAAACGCUCGAGCUUGAGGAAAGCACAAAAAAGAAAAAGGACAAUCUGCACCGGGUUAAAAAGAACCUACUCCGCAAGAAGAACGUCUCAGUUCGUAAGAUCCAGGAGCUAAAGCUGGCGUUCAGUGAGUUUUAUCUGAGCCUAAUUCUGCUGCAAAACUACCAAAAUCUAAAUUUUACCGGAUUCCGUAAAAUCUUGAAAAAACACGACAAACUGUUGAACGUGGACUUUGGGGCACGAUGGCGCGCGGAACACGUAGAGUCGGCUCACUUUUACACGAACAAGGACAUCGAUCGGUUAAUCCACGAAACCGAGAACAUCGUCACAAACGAGAUCGAGGCAGGUGACCGGCAGAGGGCCAUGAAGCGGUUACGAGUCCCGCCGCUCGGUGAACAGCAGAGUCCGUGGACGACGUUUAAAGUUGGACUGUUUUCCGGCUCGUUGGUAGUUCUGUGCGUGGCGGUUGUUCUGUCCGGCAUGUUCCACGUUAAACGAGACGACUGGAUUGUGGCCUUCCGACUGUACAGAGGACCUCUGCUGUUGGUUGAGUUUUUGUUUCUUUGGGGCAUCAACGUGUACGGUUGGCGAUCAUCCGGUGUAAACCACGUGCUGAUAUUCGAACUGGAUCCGCGAAAUCACCUGUCCGAGCAACACAUCAUGGAACUGGCGUCAAUAUUCGGUGUAAUUUGGACGCUAAGCGUCCUUAGUUACCUGUACGCUGAAUCACUCAGCAUACCGGCUUAUUUCAGCCCACUUGCCUUGUACUUACUAAUGGCGGCCUUUCUGCUGAACCCAACCAAGACGUUUCGCCACGAGGCACGCUUCUGGACGAUCCGAAUAGUCAGCCGCAUCUUGAUGGCACCAUUUUUCUACGUCAACUUUGCCGAUUUCUGGCUGGCCGAUCAGCUCAACAGCAUCGUUCCGGCCUUUCUCGACCUGCAGUACUUCCUUUGCUUCUACUCGACAAUCACCAACUGGAACCACGCGGACAACCCAAACCAGUGCAUCGACAACUCGCUCUGGAUACGACCGAUAGUGGCGAUGCUGCCAGCGUGGUUCCGAAUGGCCCAGUGCUUGCGCCGGUUCCGGGACACGCGCGAGGCUCAUCCCCAUCUUGCCAACGCGGUCAAGUACUCGACGUCGUUCUUCGUGGUGGCGUUUUCGUCGCUGACCCAGGCCACCCGGGAUCAGUACGAGAAGAGUACGGACAAUCCGUGGUUCUACAUGUGGAUCAUCGCGUCGAUUGUGUCGUCCUGCUACGCGUACACCUGGGACAUCAAGAUGGAUUGGGGUCUGUUCGAUUCCAAGGCGAAUGAUAACAAGUUUUUACGGGAUGAGAUCGUGUACAGUUCAACGUGGUUCUACUACUUCGCCAUCGCCGAGGACCUGGUCCUGCGGUUCGGCUGGACGCUCUCGAUGAGCCUCAUCGAGAUGGGCUACAUCGACCGGGAGAUCAUCGUGUCGAUUCUGGCCCCGCUGGAGGUGUUCCGGCGCUUCAUCUGGAACUACUUCCGGCUGGAAAACGAGCAUUUGAACAAUUGCGGUAAUUUUCGCGCCGUGCGUGACAUUUCCGUCGCCCCGAUGGACUGUUCCGACCAGACAACGAUCCUGCGUAUGAUGGACGAGGAGGACGGCGUCCGGAAUCGGCGCACGCUGAAGAAGGUCAGCGGCGGCAAGAAGAAAUCCGAGCAGAGGCUUUUGCUACGUGACGCAGAAUCGACGGAGGACCUGGAAAUGAAUCAGAGUAAAAACCGGAAGGUCCAGUGGGAAAUAUAGGCCACGGCCACCAGCGGACGCAAAAUUGGGUUAUCAUCCAUCAUUACCCCCCUUGACCCACUUCCUCCUCCCUUGCACGCGAAAAUCCUCCUUUCCUCGGCACGGUGCACCACCACCACCACCACCACUUACAGGAAAAUUUCCCUUUUUACCACCACUCAAUUGGAUAACUAACGUGCGUACAUGAUACAACUCAUACAACCCAUUUCAAUAGUCGUCAUAUUUUGUACAACAAGUUGUUCGACACGCGCGCGAGAAAAAAAAAAGAAAAAAUCACUUGGAUGUACUGUAUUAUGCACACAGGGACGUAAAUGUAUGUGAAUGAGAAACAAUCGUGAAACGACAGAUGGAUAUUAUUUUUAAAAAAGUGAUGAAUGCAGCGAGCAGAGUUGAAAAGAAUUGGAGGAAAAUAUAUGUAUUGAUUUAUGAA